AUGGUUCUCUUCAAUGCAUAUGGAAGGCAGUUCUAUAAAAAAUCGUGUUCCAGUGGGCCAAUGGCAAAAAUUACUUUAAAAUUAAAUCUAAGUUUUGAAAAUUUUGGGCUCAUCAUUUUGACUUUAAGGAGUGAUUUUAAUCCACUUCGAUUUGGCAGAGGUCACAAAUUGCAGCAUGGAAAAAGACAUGCCAUGAUAUUGGUCUUGCUACGCAUAAUUAAAGACAAGAAAUUAAAUGUAAUUGAUCAGUACAAACGCAACAAAAGUGCAAUGUAUGCUGCAAAUAAGAGAGUUGGUGAUGCCCUCCUGCCGAUAAACUGCAUUUUCUUAAGUCACUUAGAAAGUGUUACUAAGACAAGUAAUGACACUGACCAAGCUACGAAGACGCCACUCUCUUCAUCAAGAUAUGAGUUAAUAUCGGUCAGCCUACUUUCAGAAGAACCAACACCUACUAACUACAAAUGGGUAAAUACAGAUCAACUUUCGCUUCAGCUGUCCACAGAAAAUCUUUUGACAAGAAGUCGUAAGCUAUAUUAUGACAUUCAUUCACUUGCAAAUGAAAUUGCAGGAUUUGAUACUAGAAAGGUAAGAAUCCAAAAUUUAUGGAAAUUGAAAAUCGGCACAGGAAUGUGUGAUGGAGAACUCAGAUAUUUCAAGCAAAUAAGAUUUCUCUUCCAUAUAUAUAUUAUUCGCAUUCUUUUAAGGACAUUCAAGCAUAAGGAGUCAAUAAGUGCAACACUUAAAUCUGUUUAA